AUGGUAAAGCUCCUCAACAACUUAACCAUUACGAUUCUGGCUCUUGUUCCUAAAGUUGAAACUCCGGAUUCAGUGCUAGAUUAUCGGCCUAUUUCGUGUUGCAAUGUCUUGUAUAAGUGUAUUAGCAAGAUCAUCACAGAUAGACUUAAAGGUAGUUUGGAUAAGCUGCUUAACUCCUCUAUUGCGGAUAUUAUCGAUGAAAAUGGCCAAUGGAAGUGGCCGAGCGCUUGGUAUGAUAUUUAUCCAGUGUUAAUUGGGUUGACUGUUCCUCAAUUGAUUCAGGGUCUAGACGAUAGCACGACUUGGAAAGAUUUGGAUGGUACCAACAGGCCAUUUAGAUCUCUUUGA